CCCCAACCCCCUACCCUCACUCCGUUGACAGGACUCCAGGGUGCCGCAUGCAGAAGGGAGAGAUUAUUCGAAACUGAGGUGAUGGGGCAACGGAUCUCCCUCCACCUUGCCAGACAUAAGCAGGUGCUUGGUGAAUGACUGAGGCUGAUCGGCCAUACGUGAAGUUCACCUCCGGCGCGGGAGAGGCAGGUGCCUGUCUUCCUCUGAGGCUUUACCAUGGAGUCCACUCACCUCCUGGGCGGCUCUAAGAAGAGAGUUAAGAUUCACCCUCACACUGUCACCGCAAAAUACGCCACACAAACCUCCUACUCACCACAACCUGGCAUACACACCCACUUCCCUCAGCCCGGGGAUGACGGCUACGAUGACGCUCCUUCCUUUGAGGAUUUUGGCUCCUUCCUGGAAGAGACCUCAGACAGGAAAAAGCUGACGGAGAAUAAGGGGUGGCCGAGGACUCUGUUCGGAUCCAGGGACAAAGACAAAGAUAUGCCCCUGAAAGCCCAAGCCCUGGGAGGUGGAGAGGAGAGUGAGGGGGGACCCAGUGGAACAAAGGGACCCGGCAAGGGUGUAGGGCAGCAGCUGGCCAGUUUCGGCGAGGCGUCUGUUUCCGCGUCUCGGCUAACCUGGGUGGGGCUCAUUGGCGCAGCGUUGGCCCAUGGCUGUCUGAUCGUCCUGACCCGCUUGGCCUCUGAGCAGUUCAGCCUCGGCCCCCUGUUUUUGCUUUUGGUUCGGUCCAUCGUCCAGCUCCUAUCCGUGGCUGUACCACUGCAGAGAGGGGAGAACCCCUUCGGGCCAGAGGGCUAUCAUCUACGCCUGUUCUGCUAUGGUGUCGCCUACUCAUUCUCCCUCUGCUGCGCCUACACCUCUUUGACGUUUGUCUCACCCGGAGACGCCACAACCACUUGGCGGCUGGCAACCACAGCGUUGUCCGCCACCCUGGCCUUCCUGCUCCUGGAGGAGAGGCUUGGAUUGGUUGACGGCAUCACCAUAGCAGCAGGGUUGUGCGGCCUGGGGCUGGUGUUGCUUCCUGCAGCAGAUGAGAACGCUUCGGACUCACCGACUGACCCAGUUGUGUUCUGGCGGUGUGCCUUCGGCUGGUCUCUGUCGGCAUUGGCUGGGCUGUGGAUGGCGCUGGCAUUGGUCAGCUACCGUUCGCUGAAGGAGCGGGUGGGAGUUGGUACAGCUCUGUUCACCGUCAGCUGGACUGGCUGUCUGCUGGCCCCAGCCUCCAUGGCCCUGCUGCAAGAGGGCUGGUCAUGGCCCUCCAACAGCACAGCCUUGGUUGUUGUCCUGGCACUUGCUGCCUGCUCAGUGGUGGCUUUCCUGGGAAUGACGCACGCUCUCACCCGACUCCACCCAGCCCUGGUCUCUGCCUCGCAGAGCUUGGAGGUACCCGUUGCCAUGUUGCUACACCUGGCCGUGCUGCCGUUGGCGCCCUCCUCCGCUGAGGUUGUCGGAAACAUCAUGGUGGUGCUGAGUGUUUUGUGGUUGGUGGCGAUGAAGCUCCUCCCCUCUCGGGGGGGCGGCCGGAGGCAGAGAGAGGAGUAUGAGGAGAUUCUGGAUUCACCCAUCAAAUAGACACGGCUCCUCUUUCUUUAUCCCUUUCUCUGCAAUUCUGCGAAUCUCUCCAUCUGUCUUCUCUUUGGUGUGAGAAUCCAUGUACAUAAGAGACUCGGUGAAUGUCUGACGGGGAAUUAUCUAUUUUGGAUCGUCCCCUUUGCUUUCGGGAAAAGUGCCAGUAUUGUCUUGUCUGUUACAGUGACUGUGAU